AUGCCGCCCCGCGGGCCCGCCCCCGCCGCCCCCGGCCUUUCGUCCUCCGCCUUCAUGAAGCCGUUCGUGGUGCUGGCGCUGCCCGGCAUGUACCUCUUCUACAAGUACAGCCAGUACCGGCGGCAGCAGCAGGAGCAGAACCGCCGCAAGGUCACCGAGCGCGAGCUGCAGCACCUCAACCACAAGAUCGACAAGCUGCUGACCAAGCUGGAGGAGAACGAGCCGGAAAUGGCCACGUCGCAGGAGGAUGAGUGCGUGAUCUGCGUGAACGCCAAGGCGACGAUGCAGACGUCGCCAUGUGGGCACCGGGUGGUGUGCCGCAAGUGCUUCGUCAAGACCAUCCAGAUGGCGGUCUCGCAGCGCCUGCUGCCGCUGCGCUGCGUCAUCUGCAGGGCCAAGAUCCUGCGCCUCAAGCAGAGCGGCGGUGGUGGCGGAGGCGGCUCCGGCUCGCUGCACCACCACCACCAUCACCACCACCACCCGCACCACCCCCAGCAGCAGCCGCAGCACCAGCAGCAGCAGCACCCCGCGGCCUACGGCGCCGGCCUGCCCUGGGGCGUCAUGCCCAGCUCCGCGUCGCAGUACUCGGUCGGCAGCUCCGUGCCCAACUCCGAGUCGCUCUACUCCAUGACAUCGGGCUCGUCUUCCCUCUCAGGUGUGUCUUCCGUGAGCUCUGCGACGACGAGUAGCGCAGGCAGCAGCGGCAGUGGCGGCGGAGGCCUGGGGAAGGCCGGCAAGGCGGGAGCGGCGGGGGCGGCGGUGGCAGUUGCGGCGGCGGCGCGCGUGGGGCUCGGCUUCCCGCGACAACCCACCGGAUCUUUGCGGCGCUCGCAGGCGCACUCCAUGAAGCUGCGACUGCAGGAUUACAAAGAGCCCGCGGCGCGCCCGGUCCGUGAGCCCGAGCACCGCCUGCCGCCCAUCAAGGAGUUCCAGCGGGAGUUCCGCGCCUGCAAGGAGCGCACCGCCUCCUCCUCCUCAACCAGGAUACGAUGCGCACAAAAAAUUGUCACUCAGUUGGAGACUACACCUGUGAAUAGAACCUCAAAGUCUAGUUAUUUCCGUUCACCUCUGAAACCUGCCAAUAAGGAGGACAAAAGGAGAAGUGAAAAGUGGAAAGAUGAAAGGAAAAAAGAAGACCGAAAAGACAAUGAAGAAAAUUUGGAAAACAAGAAGAAGGAAGAAAAGAUGAAUAAGAAGGCAGAGAAAAAAGAAGCGAAGCUGGAGAAGAAAGCAGAUAAGAAAGAGGAGAAAAAAGAAGCUAAAGCUGAGAAGAAGGAAAAGACAGAAAAGAAAGAAAAUAAAAAGGAAGCUAAGGCUGAAGCAAAGGAAAGCAAGAAGGCAGCAAAGGCAGAAAAGAAGAAAGAAAAAUCCAAGACAGAGAAAAAAGAAAAAGAUUAG